UCCAAAAAGGAGCUUUGCGCAUUUUUUGGCGGACUGAGCUGAAGUCGUAGAGAUCGUACUUGUUGCUGCUCAGUCCUGUUCAGACAUAUCCAUUUAGGUCAUGUUCAUAUUCUAAUCCAUGAAUUAAAUGGAUAUGUCUGAUUAUGUCGCCUUUUGUGUUAAUCAUUACGAAUAUGGGUAUUAAAGGUAGAUUGUUGGUAGGUUGAUAUGUUGAUCUUACAUGUCGUAAGUCUGGGGAGAAGUCUGGCGCUUAAUGUUCAAGUUUGCGUUCUGAAUCAAACGCUUUGGUUCAUAACUCUUCGUUUUCACGCACGGACUGCGCCGACAUGCGCAGUAGUUUGCCGUCAAUGUGAAGCAUUGACACUUUUGUAUCGGGUUAUAAAGUCGCUUCGUAGCAUUCCCCGCCAGGAUUUAAAAAUGUUUACCUGCGCGGGACCGGCUCCGCGUUUCCUUCAGCUGACAUGAGAGCUACGCUCCUAUUGGCUGAUCGCUAUCGCUGACGAAGAGCUGCGCUCCUAUUGGCUGAUCUUCAUAGUUUACGGAGAGCUGCGCUCCUAUUGGCUGAUCGCCAUAGUUUAUAGCGAGCUGCGCUCCUAUUGGAUGAUAUCUAUGGCGGGGAGAGUCGUGACUUCCGGGUGUCUGGGUGAUUCGAUCAGAUGAACGUCAGUUGGCGCCAAACCCCAACUUUUAAACGAGUCUAUUACUGCAAUGUUGAACAAACCCAGGAUCAUUUUAGUUAAACAAAAGGCUGGAGAUUGAGGAGGGAUUAAAGAUGUUGUCACCACGAAAAUAUAAUGCAGUAAAGAUAAGUUGGACAGAGGCCAGCUUAACGUAUGAAACAUUUCACAGUACUUCUAAGGGUGAUGUAUUUAUAGCAAUACAAUCUCCAGUAAAAACCUCAAGAACAGUGCUUGGUCAGUGCACAGCGUUUGGAGAUAAGCUGGCAAACAAAAUGGGCCCCCUCACGACGCCCACGAAGAGGAGAGACGUGCGCUCGGUGGACCCCUGGACGCCCACCUCCAACCUCAAGAUGCUGAUCAGCGCGGCCAGCCCCGACAUCAGGAACCGGGAGAAGGAGCUGUGUCUAGACCACGAGGGCGUUGAAUCCCUCGACGCGUCACAGGAAUCCAAACUUGGCGAGGAUGCAGAGAAGCUGAGCAGGAAGGAGAAGAGUCUGGGUCUGCUUUGCCACCGGUUCCUCGCUCGCUACCCCGAUUACCCGGGACCGGCCCAUGACAUCUGCCUGGACGACGUGGCAACGCAACUCAACGUGGAGCGGCGGCGCAUCUACGACAUCAUGAACGUGCUGGAGAGCCUGCACAUGGUGAGCCGGCUGGUGAAGAACCGCUACACCUGGCACGGGCGCUCCAAGCUGGCCCAGACGCUGGCCGUGCUGCGGCGGGUGGGCGAGGGCCAGCGUUACCGCCAGCAGAUGCAGCACAUCCGCCAGCGCUGCGCCGAGAAGGAGUUCGACUUCGACGGCGGCGAGGAGAAGGAGAACGACGAGACGCUGCCGCCGGCGGACCUGGAGGGCCCCGAGCUGGGCCAGAAGGAGAUGUCCUUCGUGGAGCUCCCGGGGGUGGAGUUCAACGCAGUCUCGGUGAACAGUCGAAAGGACAAGUCCCUGAGGGUGAUGAGCCAGAAGUUCGUCAUGCUCUUCCUGGUGUCGGACCCCAACGUGGUGAGCCUGGAGGUGGCCGCCAAGAUCCUGAUCGGGGAGGACCCCGCGGCCGACCAGGACAAGAACAAGUUCAAGACCAAAGUGCGGCGGCUCUAUGACAUCGCCAACGUGCUGCAGAGCCUGAAGCUGAUCGAGAAGGUCCACGUGACGGAGGAGCGAGGCAGGAAGACGGCCUUCAAGUGGACCGGACCGGCGGAGCUGCCGACGAUAGAAGAGCCCCAGAGCUGCCCUGCGGCCUGCCGCCCGCCCGCGGCCAGCAGGGUGAGUGAACCCGUCACCAAGGAGACCUGCUCCAAGAACCUCUUCUCCUCCCCGGGGGGCAAACGGGGCUUCACCAGACACCCCUCGCUGAUCAAGAUGGCCAAGAGCAUCCAGGAGGACCGCCGCAAGAUCAACUCUGCCCCCACCAGCCCUGCCAAGAGCGCCCUUGGCGAUUCAUCCAACCAGGACUUUCCGAGCAAGAUGGCCCAGCUCGCCGCGAUCUGCAAGAUGCAGCUCGACCAGCAGUCCAGCAGGGCUAAAGGCUCCCGGCCCGGCUCCAGUGAACCGGCGGCCAACAAACCCGAGACGCACCGGGGCAAGGCCAGAGGGCAGCGGGAGGAGGUGGCGGUUCGAACUCCCACCCAGGAGCCCGCGGCGUGCACCACGCCCCACCUCACCCCCAGGCCGCCGCCGCAGCAGCCCGCCCCCCUUCCCUCCAUGUCCUACCUCCCCGCCGGGGGCUCCCCCCUCAUCCCCGUGCUGCUGCCCCAGCAGCACAGCGGCGGGCCCUACGCCGUCUUCCUGCACGCGCUCAGACCCAACCCGCUGAGCCGGCCGAAGCCCACCAGCCUGGCCGUGCGCUCCAUGACCUUCGAGGAGAAGACGGGGCUGAGCCCGGGGCCGCCCGGCCCAGGGGCCCCUCUGGACCUCAGCCCCUCGGCCACCAAGCGCCUGUCGUCGGACACGGCCACGGAGGGCAGCCCGUCCAAGGCCAAGCGGGUCGGUGCUGCUGGCCACCAGGACACCUCGCCGCGGCAGGGCGAGGCGCUGCACGUCGCCCGUCUGAAGGCGCGGCGCGGGGGCCCGGCGUCCAGCCGCCCCUCGUCCCGGGCCCUCCACUUGGACCCCGAGUUCGUCAACACGCCGGGGGGCGCGGCGGCCGUGGCCCACCAGUUCCUGGAGGAGAGCGUGGAGACCUUCCUGGAGACGGAGGAGAGGGGGGGCUCCGACAGCGAGGCGGGCCUGACCCCCGUCCCGGCGCGGGCCGUGCCCCUCACCCCGGGACACCUCAACACGGGACACCUCAACACUGAGACCUUGGUGCCUGCAGGCUACCUCAUCCCCAUGCACUCCUUGGUCGGCUACAAAGACAUGCAGGUUCAAGGUGGAGAGAAUAAAAAGUCGACUACCCCCACCUACAACAUCUACCACACCCCCACCGCCGGCUCCCGACCCCCCCACGCCCUGGAGAUCACGCCCACCGGCCUCCCCCGGCCCCGGCCCGCGGGCCUGUCCCCGCAGACCGCCCCGGCCUACAGGGCCCACAUGCAGAGCCCCGGCCCCAGCCCGGCCAUCUUCAACUUCACCCUGCAGAACCUGGGCCUCAUCUCGGCGGGCCCCGGCCCGGCCGGGGCCCAGCAGCACCAGACGCCCGAGCGGGGGCCCGGCGUGGCCAGCCCGCUGCUGGGCGUGCAUCAGAGGGGGGGAGUGCUGUUCGUCAAGCCCCUGUCGUCCACGCCGCUCCAGCAGGCCGGCCCGGGCCAGCCCCUCACCUUCAUCAGCGUGCAGCAGCCCAUGAUGACCACACCCAAAGGGGCGGGGCAACCUCAGCACAGCUUCUUCCACACCCCGGGCACUCUCUCCCCCCUCGCUGCCACGGCAACGCACGGCGGGCACGCCCCCGCCAGCGCCACCCAGAGGAAACUGGACGUCAGCACGCAGGACUCUCCGCCUUAACCCGACCGCCUCCCAGCUCCUCCCCCCCACCUCUCACUUCUGUGGUUACCGUGCCAACCGACCUGUAGGUCACAUUUCUACUGUUUUAUUUCAAGUCCAGUACGUUUUCUACAAAAGGGGUGAUAUCAUGUCAUUACAAGCAGCCUUGUAAUGGCUGCCUUUCCCUGUGCCCUAGUGACAUCACCAGUGUGCGUGUCCGCCUAGAUUUAUACUGGAUAGAUCAGCAACACAGUCCACUGGGUAGGCUGGUAGACUAUCCAGCGUACAUCUAGGUGGACACGCACACUGAUGUGUGCGUGUCACAAGGGCACAGGGAAGGCCAGGGCUUAAAACGGCUUGGAACGGCUAAUCGCACCCAUUUGAAUCAUUCUCUCAUGUCUUCACGCGGGGCGACGGUACACAGUUCUCUGCUCUGUCUCGGCCGUCACUUCUCGUCCCACCGCUGCUUCAGAAAUAGUCACGAUGACGUGACGCACAUGGCCAGAGAUCGAGAGAGAGAGAGAGAGUGGUGCUCACGCCGUUCUACACUAUGCCAUACAUGUUGCUGUCAUGAUACAGGACCCCCCCCUGUAUAACGCGUUUACCGAGUUUCACUAUGGAUGCUGUAUCUCAAAAAGGGUUUAACCAAACGGUGCUUGCUGGGUAGUUGUUGAUUGUUUGUGAUGUCGAUUGGUUGUUGGGUGAAAAACAAAAAAAGUGUUGUUGCAUGAUUGUAAAAUAUAAGUUGGAUGUCUGAAUUGAUUAGCAUUAAGUGUAACCUGUGUGCCAUUACAAAAAAAGACGUCUCCAAAUGAACAAAUGAUUGACUGAAGCACAUUUAGGUAGUGUACUUCAGUCAAAGUAUUGUAGAUAUUUGUUUUUUUCCUCAGUAAAAACUAGUAAGAUUACUGUUUUUGCACAUUGUACAGGUUAACUCUUUAACCAUAGAAUGAGAAUUAUACAUGCCUGUUAUGAGACAAAUCAGGCAUUUUACAUUUUUAAUUUAUAAAAUGUCGACUUUCCAUUGCCAAUGUCAUUCUAAAGUGGAAAAUGAAAAUAAAUAAAAAAGAAUACUGUGAAA